CAAUAAAUAGACAACUUAUUUACUAGCAACUUUCUUCGGUGGCACUUUUCGAUGUGCUUGUAGACGAAAUAAGGGUUUUUUCUGCUUGUAAAAGUAGCAUCAUACGACUGUGCAGUGUUUAAUUGCAUUGGGAAGAGUGAAACGUGCUAGCCGGAACAAAUUUGCACGUACAGCAGGAUGGGCAUGAACGUGAGUCGCCAGGUGGACCUAACAGAGAACGAGUAUCUGCAGCGGUUCGUCGGCAAAACGCACGUUCCAGCAUACGAUGACGAUUUUUGGAACAACUUUCUUCAAUAUCACAUCAAUCUACCUACAAACAGCCAGGAGCAGUUAAGCCUCGAUUCACGGCUGGAAUCGCUUUGUCAAAGCUUUAUCAGCCACAAUCUACACACCGGCAACUUUGGUUCGUUGAUAAAUGUGUUUCUGCUAAAGGUGUCUGAGCUGCUUACACUUUCCGAUACUGAAAGUAACGUUCACAUAUGGCACGCCUUUAACGCGCUGUUCAUCAUUCGAUGCUUGGUCAAGUACAUGAUCGAAACGGGAUCGGAGUAUCAGCUAUUGCAGCACUUUGAAGCAUUGCCGGUCCAAGCGGCAGACAUUGAUUCAACAUCGAACGAAACAGAUUCCGCUGGCACGAGUACGGCCAUUCCGAUAGAUGUUAGUGCAGUAGAGGAAACGAAAGCAGCCGUUGCAAAGCUGGUCGAUGGCACGAAAUUUGAAACGUUUCUUGAGGCACUGGUUAACAUCAUUGUCGUGAUACCGGUGAAAGAAUUCACAUAUCACCUUCAUCUGGAGGCGGUAAACUGCAUGAUUAUUUUGCUCUCGGUGAGCCUAUUUUCGCAGCAAACGAUGGAGAAAUCAACCAUCUACCGAACGAUCUACCGUUGCCAGCAUGGAAACACUCUUAUGAGUGCGCUGUUGCAUUUUCUUAGCCGCAUGAGCCAAGCGCCCCAGACAAUGUUUGGUUUUGGUACGGGCGGUUCGUUUGUGUUCGGUAUCGCCGAAUCGCUUUGGUCAAUAUUAACUUUCGCCCGCAAACAACCGGACAUACUGACUGCACACGAUCUUCCGACGGCUUUCCGGGAGCAUUACCCGCUGGCAAAUCAAAGCUUGUUGCUGAUUCUAAUCCUUACCAACCAUCACGCAACAAAGGAUAAUCCGUAUCGGAUUAGUUUGUUUGGAUGUUCCGAUUCGCAAGAUUCUCCCAAAGAGGAUCCGGCUACAUUCAAGAUAGACUUUUCCUCCCUGUACAACACCCUGUGCCGAAUAGUGACUAUCGAUCAGGCAACCUUGCUGCUCUAUCUGCUGCUCUACCGAAACCAAAGAUUCCAAAAGUAUGUGAUGGCACAACAGAACCUUCAGCAGCUUGUAAUUCCUAUCCUGCAAACCCUUUACAACGCACCCGAUAGUACUUCACAUCACAUUUACAUGUCUCUAAUAGUUUUGCUAAUUCUUAGCGAAGAUGACAACUUUAACAAGAGCGUACAUCAGAUUAUGUUAAAAAACAUUACCUGGUACACGGAGCGUUCAAUUAGCGAGAUCUCUCUCGGUGGUUUACUGAUACUGGUCGUCAUCAGAACGAUUCAGUAUAACAUGUUAAAGAUGAGGGAUAAAUACUUGCACACAAACUGUCUCGCAGCGUUGGCCAAUAUGUCCGGCCAGUUUCAAUCGCUCCAUCCGUACGUAGCUCAGCGAUUGGUGAGCCUGUUCGAAACCUUAGCAAAGAAGCAUGCACGACUAGACCAGCAGCUGAAACAGCCGAAUGAUCCAAACGGUGAGCCGGAUGUGUCCAUACCAAUCGGUGGAGGAUUAACGUCCGAAGACAUGCUGCAGGACUUGUCCGUGUUAGAGGAGGUGCUGCGUAUGGUGCUGGAAAUUCUAAAUUCCUGUUUGUCGCAUCAAUUAGUGUACUGUCCUAAUCUGGUUUACACUUUGCUGUACAAACGCAACGUCUUCGAGGCCUUCCGAAGUCAUUCGGCAUUUCAGGAUAUCAUACAGAAUAUAGACAUGGUGGUGGGAUUCUUUUCCUCCCGACUGCAACGAGUCCAAGAGCAGCGCGGAGAGCUUGGAGUUACUGAAGUGCUGGAAGUGAUUUCGAAAGGUGCUAGCCAAUGGUCAAGUGAUCGUUUGCGGAAAUUUCCCGACCUUAAAUUCAAAUACGUCGAGGAGGAUGCACCGGAAGAAUUCUUCAUCCCUUACGUGUGGACGCUCGUAUGCAAGGCUGGCUGUGUACAUUUUAGUUCCGAAACGAUAAAGGGCGUUAGUGCUGAGAUCGUUUGUUAACAUUACCGUUUGUUGUUCCCAACCCUGUCAAUCGUUUUCCGGUAGUUGCAACAGCAAACACGAUCGCUUCUUCCUUCGUGGCUUAACCUCUUCGCGGCACAAAAUUAUUAGCAGUUUAACAAGGGACAAUAUGAGAGCGGGGGAGCAUUAUAUGUUGCUAUAAUAGUUUUUAUUUACUUAAUUUAUGGAACGCUUUACUGAACAUUUUUAUUGUAUGUUAAAUCAGUUUCAGUUGGUAGUAUACUGUGAAACUAUAUCUGUUUUGUAAUAUUUUUCGAAGAAUGCAUUCCGAUUGAAUGAUGCUAUAUUUUUCUAUGUUGUAGUUUUUGUUUUGAAAAAUUCGUAUUUACUUACGCUUUUCGCUUUUAGUUUUCACAAACGGUUUUUGGUUUCGCAAGCAAUCAGUUUGAUAGUAGCAAGCUUCAUUUAUCAAUUAUAAAUUUGCAGAAUGAUAUUGGUGGAAGACUUAAAAGCGAUUAGCUACGAAAAACAGGCAAUAAUAACAGUAAGUGAGUGUAUUGAAACAAAAAAAUACACAGACACACACAUAUAGCCACACAAAUGGUUCUAAAAUAUGUAGCGCAUUCAACGCCGGCUCUAUAUCUAAAGAAGGAUGUGAAUAAUGAUACAUACUGUGCGUGAUACGGGGAGGCCGUUGACCAUUUGAUUUCGGUUGCGGACGGGAACGAAUACCAUUAGGGAAGUUAUACAAUGGCAAACAAUUGCUCUAGUGUAGAUUAUUGAUUUUAUUCCAUUCGUACGAACCGUAUGAAUGAAGGAUGAAUUAGGUCGUAUUAGCAGGAUGAAACAAUAUACUAAAAAGGCAUAAAAAAGAGGGAAAGCUAGCAAAAAAACACAUUCAAACAGCAGCUUGAUUGUUUGGGAAGUGUUUCUAUUGGAAUGAACAAUGCGGAAUCAUGCGGUAUGCGAGGUCCCCGUACCUAAGAAAAACGCUAAAAAACGGUUUGACGAUGAUGAUGCAACAUGAAAGUUAAACGUUAUAAAUUUACAAACCACAAAUGAUAAACUAUUAACCACAAAAUGCGCAAAGCGAAUAAGCUUUGCGGUACCUACUA